GCUUGGAACCGACGACCUUACGGAGGUUAAAAGAACAUCCGACACUUUUUGGCUGUUGUGCUGUGUGUAGAAGUUUGAUCACUCUACUCAUGUUUGGUAUAUAAUCCAUACUUAUUUAACACACAAAUACAUAUAUAAAUAUUUAUUAAAUAUAUAUAGGGGUUUGGUGGGGUUGAGUGGGGGUAGCUUCCUCCUGCCCCACCCUGGAUACGCCCCUGGAUACUGCCUUGUAUGAAAAAUAUUGUUGUUGAGGUUUAUUCCUUCAAUCCGUAGGCCCAACAACCUAAGGAUUUUGAGUGGAUGUUUUGGUGGUGUAGAUAGUUUAACAAGCUAAGAUGGGCCAAGUCACAACAGUAAGCAGGAUGUAUUCAAUUAAGUCCAUACAAAUGAUCAAUUACAACAGAAAGCCCUGAGGCCGUUCGUACAGAACUAUGCUACGAGUUGAUACAAUUGCUAUAAUGCUAGAGUGCUAAGUUCACAACCCUUUGCAAUGAAAUAAAUGCUACUGUUUAUACCACUAAUAGGUAGUUAGAUAUGUUGAUGUGGCGGGUUGUGGAUUGCUUGGACCCUACCACCAAAUCUCUUCAUUUAAUGUGAUUCCCGCCAAGAUAUUGAUUUCCCACCAAGAGGUGGAGACGAGCGUCCCCCUCUUGUCUUCUCUUCUUCGUGUGGCCCCAAGUCCCAGACUCCAAAUGUCUUGCAUGAUCUCCUGGGCCGUCGUACCAGACCAUCCAUAUCAGUGGGUCUUGGUGGCCCAUUAGGGGCGUACGUCUCCCUGGUUUAAGGUGAAGGCUGCCCCAAGUCGACUUAUGUCUCUGGGGACGUUCGUAGGGCGGUUCUUAAGGAUUUAUGGGUCAAUCCAUGUUGGGUCAUUAACCCAACAACUGUCAUGAUUGAAAAAUAUUAUCAUUUUUUAUAAUAAAUAUUGUCAUGUUAAAUGCACUAUAUUGCAACUAUUUGGCAGUCACACCUACAAGAUGACUCUAAAUACUGUUAUGUAGUCCUAUUUCGGGAAUAAAAACAUAGUGAUUCUAUUUUGGAAUUUCAAACUCCAUCUACCCCAUUUUGGGAAAUCUCCUUAUGUUCUCAAAUUGAAAUCAAUCCAAGUGGUGAAGAUGUUCAAAAAUACAGCAUCCGAAAUAAUGUAGUGCCUAUAACAUACAUAUAAUGAUUACUUAAUCUAGAUAAAUAUCUUAGUUCAUAUCGGACAAAAAAUAAAUACUCUAUAAGUUAAAAAUAUAUAAUAAACUUAAACAUAUACUCCCACCAUCCCAAAAAUGCUCCCCAGUUUGAUUUGGCACACUUAUUAAGAAAAUAUGAAUAUGAUAGAAAUGUAUGAUUGUGAUUGAGUAAUAAAGUUAAUCAUAAACUUCUACGCAAAACUUUUUGAAAAAAAGAUGAGAAAAACUUUUUGGAAUAUCCUAAAAUGUUAAGUGGAAAGAAUUUGAUAUCACUAAUGGUUAUUACUGAUUACUGGUAUUCUUGAAUAUGGAGUACUUUAUAUAUGUCGCAUAGACCAACCGCACAACCUCAGAACUCGAGCCUUGAGCUGCAAAGCCAACUCACUAUCUAUCAAGAUAGUACUCCGUAUGACUCUAAAAUUUGAAUCGGGAUUAUUAGUUCUCAAUGAGAUUUUAGAUUUGUACUAUUAAAGGGUAAAUAUCACAUUCCGAAUUCCAAUUUCCAAAUGUUUGAGAAAAGUACAUACAUUGAGUAUAAAGGUUUCCCACUCAAGUAGGUAUAUUGAUUACUUUGUGUGUUCGAUAUUAGGUACUCAAUUAAUCAUAUUAUUGAUAUUUUGUCUCAUGGAUUUUCAAAGUUAGGUUGCCAUAAUUAGAGCAAUAUCAUAGAAAUAUUAUUUGGUCCAAUGACUUGGUAUAAAUCAAGAUUCGGGACAAUGCAAAGCUGCUAUUCUGUCCUUAUUAUAUUAUGGGUACUACUUUGGACUGUUUGGAGUAUAUAUAAUUAUAUCUACAAUACAAUCAUUAAUUUUUUUAAAUAAAGAAAAGCAAUAGAAGAUAAAAGGUGGGAGUAGCACAUAUAGAAGAUAAGAUGAAGGAAUCUCGUUUGCGAUGAUUUGGGCAUGUGCAUAGAAGAUCGAGUGAUACACCUGUUAGACGACUUGAGGGGUGAGGAGAAGAGUCAGAGAAGAGGGAAAGGGGAAGACCCAAACAGACUUGGAUUAGAAUAAUCAGAACUGAUAUGCGUCUUCUUGGAUUGGAUGAGAGUAUGACUUUGGAGAGAGCAAAGUGGAGGACGCACAUCCAUGUGGACGAUUGAUAUCUUGUCUACCUUUCCCCUCUUGUUUCUUUUAUCGUUUAUCUUCCUUAUCUUUUUAUAUUCUUAUGUUAUUUUUAUCUUCUAGCUUUUUUAUGCUCUUUUAUUUAUUUUUCUUUUAUCUUGGUUAUAUUCUUGUGUUAUUGUUAUCUUAUAUUUAUACAUCUUUAUUUUAUUCAUUUUAUCUUACUUUUUUUCCUUUUCUUGUCCGUCUUCUCUUUUUGGCAUCGAUAUCAUAGAUCGAUUCAUGUUAACCAACCCCAAAUUCUUUUGGAAUUAAGGCUUGGAUGUUGUUGUUGUUGUAAAGAAAAGCAAUAAUUCAACAAUAUACUCUUGUAGUAUAACAAUAGUGAAGAGGAAAAAUAAUUAGUCCACGGAAAGUAUGAAUGGUCAACAGGGUGCCCCGUAUUAUGGGGCAUAGCCAAUUCAACGCCUUUGACUUUGGUAAACUGCUCCACAAAUAGUCUUCUCCGUUCAACCACCACAUUGCCAUCUUCAUCCCAUUUCUUCCAAUUCUCAAAUACGAUAGUAUUAAGUAAUUACAUAAUCACCUUCUCCUUCAAUUCCUUUCUGAAGUAGACCCUUUAUGGAGAGUAGCUCCGCUGUUCAUUGCAUUCAUGAAGAAGAAGACGAGGAUGCAUACAUUGAGAUAAACCUGGAUCAAAGUCCAGUAGAAGAACAGAGGGGGAGGAGAAGGAGAAAGAAAUUGAAAGAUGAUGAUGAAGUUGAAUUUCGGGUGUCGUUUCGAGAGGGAGCAGCUCUGCCGACAUUCGUCUCGGUUUCAUCUCCUCCUCCUCCCUCUUCGGUGGCCUGCCUGCCCCCUGGCAGGCGGAAACCGUCCUCUUUCGGGCCGGUGGAUCCCCGGAGGAAUAUGGGUGAUGAUGGUGAUCAGUGCCACCAUUCUGCAACAAGUGAGACUGACUCCAAACAGCUGCUUCUCAGCACCAGCAGAUAACUUUCCAUUUAAGGAAAAGGGAACUUCUUUUUGGGACUGCUAAAAAGGAAAGCGGGAAGUUCUUUGCGGGAUGGAGGGAAUAUUAUAUACUACCUUGCCUCACAAAUAGUUUUCAUUUUUCUUUUUGGAUAGUUUCAAAAUUAACUUUUUCUUUUUGUUCUAUAACGUUUGAGUACUAAACUACUUUUACUCUAUAAAAAGUACAGCAUUAAUUAUUAAUGUUCUCAUUACGGAGUACGGAGUAUAUUUUUCAGUGGCCAUACUUUAAAAAUCAAUUAGAGAUAUCUUAUCUAAAAAAGAGUGAAACUAAACUAGAAAGUAGAAACUUAGAGGAUAUAAAUAAUGAUGAUCUUUGAUAUUAUAUAUUAUCAUCAAAUGUUUUAAAAUGUUUGGUGCACGCGCUUUUAGAAAUUAUUCUAAAUAAGACUAAAAUUAUGGCAAAAAUCCAAAAUAAGACUUGUUAUAUUUUUAUUCCAAAAUAGGAUCAAAUCAUUCCUAUUGGAAACAUACAUAUUUUUUCAAUCCAUUCUUACCCCUCCUUUAAAUAUGAUUAAAAUGCAGUGAAAAGUCAUGAUUUAAUGUUUAAUUCAUAAUAAAUCCGAAUUUUUUUUAAUAAUCAUAGAAAAAUAAUAAAAAAUUAAUAAGAUAUUUAUAAAAUAUUUAUAAAAUAAAAAAUAAUUUUAUAUUUUUUUAAAAAAAUUAAAAAUAGUAAAACUCCAUAAAAAAUAAAAAAAUAUGGAUGCUUUUCCCACCGUCUGUACAGCCUCCCUGCACCACCACCUCCGAACGGUGUAAAAAAAUGCCUACUUUUCUGAAUAUUCCAAAAAUAUGGCAUAUUACUCUUUGAGAAUGUCAAAAUUUUCAUUGAAUCUGCUAUAAAUAUGACAUUAUUCCUAAUGCAUGUGGAAUUUUUUUCCCCUAGUUACCGGAGAUGGUGGUGCUGGGGUGGCAGUUUUUUUAGCGUUUUUUAGUUUUUUUAAAAAAAAAAUCUUUAAUUUUUUUAAUUUUUUAAAUUAGAUACAUUUCCCACCGCUUGUACUGCCUCCCUGCACCACCACCUCCGACCGAUGUAAAAAAUGUCAUUUUUCUUGAAAUGCCAAAAAAAUUGCAUAUUACUAUUUCAGAAUGUCAAAAUUUUCCAUGAUUCUACCAUAUAAAUGGCAUUCGUAAUAGAUGUGGUAUUUUUUCUCCUAGAGACUGGAGGUGGUGGUGCUGGGGCAGUAGAGGCGGCGGUGAUUUUAUUUUAUUUUUUGCAAUUUUAUUUUUAAAAAAAUAAUUUUUUUUAAAAAAUAAUUUUUAUUAUUGAAAUAUUUUUUAUUAAUAUUUUAGUUUUUUUUACGAAUUUUUAUUAUCUUUUGUAAUUUUUUUAUGAGUUAAAGCAUUUCAAUAGCAACAUCGAUAUAUUUGUCCAACACACAUAAUUGGUCAUAUCAAAACAUAGUUUACUUUUUUGUCCUAUUUAUGAAAAGUGAGAAGCUUUUAGUCCUAUUUUGAUAAUUAGGGUAUGUUUGGCACAACUAGCUGAAAACAUAUUUUUAUGAGCUUUUUAGUAACGGUUAGCUUUUAGUGACUGAAAAGAUCUUAAAAAGAAAAGAUCGUAGCUGUUUGGUAAAAAGUCGAUUGUUUGAUUUAGCUCUGUUUGGUAUACAAGAUGUUAGGAGUAAUUAAUGAUAGAAACUACGGACUUAUCUGAGAUGCUACACACUGUAUCAUCUCAAAAAAAGAUCUUUUAUUUUUAUAAAAGCUCUUAAAAAUUAGCGUAACAAACAUACGACUAGAACCUUUUAAAUACUUUUUAAAUAAUACAAAAGCUAGAAGUCAGUGACUUCCUACCUUUUUGUACAUGCUCCUUACAUUUCGUAUGCAUCACAUGAACUCGUAUAACUUUUGGAUGUACACAACCUUGUACACACCCUAUAUACGCAAUGUUUGUGAAGCUUUUUUUUUGUCUGUGAACCCGGUUCACAGACAAUAUUUUGUUUGUGCAAAACAUUGUCUGUGAAUCAAUGUUCACAGACAAAAAAAUAACAUUCACAGACAUAGAUGUGUACAAAAGUGUGUAUAAAAGUGUGUACAAACGUCAUUUUUGUUUUGAUAAAUUGUGUCCGAUACAAACGUAUUAUCAAAGAUAUCAAUAAAAUAUACCGAGCGUGUACAAAAUAACACAGCUUUUCUGAAUGAUCAUUUAUUUUUGAAGUGAUUGAAUAGAAUGUUGGAAUUUACCACAGGAAAGGGUCAUGUAGGAGGGCGGAAGAGGGCGGAACAGAGAGCGGACUCAGCGGAGGAAUAAUGAGCGUCAUGCUCAAAUUCCGCUACUUUAUGAGCUGUCCAUGGAAGGCCUGGAGGAUCCGAAGCCACCACCUCCCCUCCUCUUCUUCUUCACCCACCACAUCUGGAUCCACCGGCUCUUCAUCUAGAGGUUUCCAAAUCAAUACCGCGAGCAGCAAGCCAAUUUUACCGCGGCAAAAGCAGUCUCCUCCGCAUCGACAGCAAGAGAUGAGUAGUACCAGGAGUGAUGUCACGACGGCGGAUAGAUCGAGAUCUUCGGUGUUACUGCUGCAGGGCCUGGGGGUGAAGCUCCGAGAGCUGGUGGCGCCAGAUUCACAUCAUGCCAAGUGCGGCGGCGGCGGCGUGAUGCCGUCUAAAAGUUGCCCUGCUUCUGUCAAGUCGACGCCUCUGCAUCACCACCACCAUCAAUGGGCUACUUCCGCUGCUUCAUCGUUCACCGGAAAAUUGGUUUAUACCAGAGACAAUUCCGUUCAGGCCGCCAUUGCUCAUUGUAAUAGAUCUUCCGGCCGCUCCCAGGAUUUUACCCUUUGAUUUACCCCAUCGUGCUGCUGCUUCGGCAUGCGCUCAAUGUUUGGGCUUCACUAGAUAGAAAAGUUCAAGAAAUACUGCCUCUAGGUCCAUCGGGCCGCCUAAGCUUUUCUCCCAAUAAAUAUAGGGGCUGUUUGGAGCCUAUAAAAUGCGCUGAUAAGCCUUAAAAUAGAAAAAAAAAGAGCCAAACACUAGCCAUUUGGGCUGUUUGGGCUGAUAUUACUUAUCAGCCAAAAAAGUACCCAUUGGGUUAUUUUUUCAGCUGAAACCUAUAUUAAUAUAUCCUUUGCUCAACUAAAAACCUAUCUACCCUUCCAUCUUCGCAUCUUCUCCUCUGGCCAUAGCGACGAGGAGCUGCGCAUACUUUUGUCUGCUAGGAGCUGCCCAACAUGAAAUACUGCGUAUGUAUUUUAUCUGAGUUCUUGAUUCAGAUAAAAUUGGAAAUUGGGAUUAUUUAAGAAGAUCAGUAAUAAGUGCUCUCAUAGAUUUUUUUCAUUACUUUAUCAAUUGUUUGGCUAUCUAUAGCAGUUCAAGCGGUCAAUUUUUAGCCUCUAUCACAUUUUAGUCCCUAUAAUUGAGAGAAUAAGAGCAAUAUAUUAAAAAAUGACCUGACUGCUUGGAACUAGAUCAGUGUAGAAGCGUUAGGUUCUUAAGAGCAAUA